CCCGAAGCGUCCCCUCACCUCCACUCAAUCCCUAUCUCUUUCGCAUCCUCGCCGAGUCCCUCGACGAGAAACCCUUCGAAGGUAGCGUGACCGCCGGUCAACAGAUCCCAACUCCCGCUUUAACCGCACCGAGAACUCGUACUCCAAGUUAAAACCCACUCUUCCCACGGGCGCCACGUCACCCGUCGUCACAGCUUUCCCCAAUUGGUCUCCUCCGCUUCCCUCGAUCCCCUCGAAGAAAAAAGUUCUCUCUUUCCGCUUAUUAAAAAAAGUCGAUAUCUUUAACGCAGGAAAUAAAAGUUCCGUCUUUCUUCCAGAGCUCUGCUCCGGCGACUGUCCCAGGUUCCUUGCUUAUGAAAUUUUGCCAGCUGGAAGAAUGACUAAACAACAUGCACAAGGGAAAUAUCCACUUGAUUCAGUCCCAUUUGAGGCUUUUUUUCAUGGAUCAUGGCAUGGCGUAAAUCUCAUAAGCAUUAAGAAUGGGUGUAUUUCUAUUCAACUAAACUACCGUGGAUCUGUUAUCGAGGAUAUAAUUUGUGGUGACUACCUCCGACUUCGAUCAAGAAAGGCACGUGCAUUAGACUGUUCACACAUAUUGAAGAUUGGUGUUGAUGUAUGUGUCCUUUCAACACAUCCGGUCGCAGAAAGUUCAGAUGAUGAGCCUCAUGAACCUGUGCUAUCAUGGGUUGAUGCCAAAAUAAUGUCAAUCAAGAAAAAUCACCAUGAGGGUAGAUGUGCCUGCCAAUUUUCAGUGAUACUCAACAGAAAUAAAGUCCCCACCAGCUUUGUGAAUUGCGCAUCUGAUAGAGUAACUACAGAGGUUGUCACUAUAGACAGAAUUGCGAUAUUUCAAAAGCUUUGUUGCGAACCUCAUGUAGAUGGUAUUCACCACUGGACUUCAUCAGAGGAUUGGACCUCAUGUAAAAGGAGCAAAUUGCUGACCAGCACAGUUUCUUCUGAAUUUUCAUGGCUAGUAGUCUAUUCUGUUCUAAAAGGAAUGGAUUUUGAUAUAAAAUUGUUUCAAAACAGGGUAGUUUAUCAUGUCCGUAAUUAUGUUGAAGUGUCUUCCAGAGUAUCUGAUGUGCAAUUUGAUAGUGAUAGUGAAGGAAUUUCUCCAAAUUCUGAAGACUACAUAAAGGUUUUAUCUUUCCGAAGGUCAAACCAAACAUUGAAGCCCAAAAUAGAAACACUUUACCAAGUCGCUGUUGAGGAAAUAACAGCACCAAUUACAAUUGUAGAAGAGGAUCUUGGUCAUCAGCCUGUGAACUAUGAAUCUGACGUUGAGAUUUUAUAUGAUUAUGUGAAUUUAAGGCGUUCGAAACGUCGAAAAAUGCAUCCAGAACGUUUUACUAGUUACUCUGAACCAAACUUCAAUCGUCCCUUAACCAAGAGAAAUGAUUCAAAUGAAUUAGAACAAUCAACGGCUAUGAUAGCCAGUUUGCUGAUGGAUGAAGAACCGCUUCAAGUUCAAGAUAGCAGAGACACAAAUAUCGGUCACUUGAUUGAGUGGUUGCCUAUGAUUCAACGACAAGCGGAAUCUUCCAGCCAAGAAUUGAUACAGGAACAGAGUCAGAUAAAGAACUUAACUGAUGCAAACACAGCAAGACUUCUUUCUGAAACUCCUCAAAUUGUGGAAAUAGAGGACACUGAUUCUGAUUCAGCAGAAGAAAGUUCAUCUGCGGAACUAGAAGAAACCUCCGACUCUGAUUUUGAUCAAGAAAAUUUAAGAGUCGCAUUAACACGUGAAGUUUCACGAAGUAAAAACAGUGAACACAAGUCAUAUACACAAUACAAGUCAUAUUCACAAUACAAGUCAUAUUCACAUAAAGUUCGUCAUGAACAGUCUUGGAAAAAUCAUAGUAAACAUUCAUAUAAGAAGAAGCAACUGACUCCAAAUGAAUGCAAGCAACUGUUGGAGAAAUUAAUGGGAAACCUGGAAUCUGAAUUUAGCAGUCAGCAUCAGCCUAACACUGAACAAAAAGCAUUUAUAGAAGAGUUUACAGAUUUCAACUGGAGUCCAGGUACUGAAGCCGAAGAAAUUGAUGAAAAUGAAGACUUGUGGAAAGAAAUGGAUGAUUCGUUAGCCACACUUAACCUUCUUGAACAAAAGCAGAAGUUGGAUGCCGAAUUCUUCGGGACCCCCAUUUCUUCAGAUAAUGAUUCAGGACAACAAUGUCAACAUGUGUAUAAGCUGGAUGAGCAAAUUGGAAUUGUUUGCCGAUUGUGCAAUUUUGUGUGCACAGAAAUACGUUAUGUAAUGUCACCAAUGAACAAUGGUGGAUUGUUCUCAUCCAAUGAAAAAUGGGGCAUGGAUGAUCUCAGACAAAUGGGCCUUUAUAAUCUCGAAAUAGAUCAUCUCGGUAAUGCUAUUUCCUCGCUAAACAUGCCAUCAUCUGAAGUUUUCGACAGUGUGUGGACUCCAGUUUCUAAUCUGAGAUCGAAGUUACAUUCUCAUCAAAAGAGAGCUUUUGAAUUCAUUUGGAGAAAUAUCACUGGAUCAUUAAAUCCGGAAAAGAUGAACGCUGACUCAUCAAUCACAGGUGGCUGUGUGAUUUCACAUUCUCCAGGCUCAGGAAAAACUUUGUCAGUUAUCUCCUUUCUUGUGAGUUACUUGAGAUUAUAUCCAGCAAGUCGUCCUCUAAUAAUUGCUCCAAAAACUGCGGUUUAUAUUUGGUGGAAGGAAUUUGAUAAGUGGGGGGUUUCAGCUUCAACACCCGUGCACCUUAUUCAUCCAUUUGAAAGCUACAAGAAGGAAGUUUGGGAUCCCAAAGUUAAAUUAUCUUCAUCACUUAACAGAAGGCCAAAUGUGAAAAUGAUGCACAUCAUUGAUUGCCUAACCAAACUAAAGCAAUGGCGUGAGAAACCGGGUGUUCUUCUCAUGAGUUAUCCAGCUUUCUUUGCCUUCACAUUUAAAGAGUCAAAAUUUGAAUAUAAGAAGUUCAUGGCAGAUGUAUUGUUGAACGACCCGGGGCUUCUAGUUCUUGAUGAAGGUCACAAUCCAAGAAGCAAUAUUUCAAAGUUGAGAAAACUACUGAUGAGAGUAAAUACUGAGUUCAGGAUUCUUCUUUCUGGAACUCUAUUUCAAAACAACUUUGAGGAAUACUUCAACACGCUUUCCUUGGCAAGACCAAGGUUUGUCGAUGAUGUUAUAAGGGAAUUGGAUCUGAGGAUGAUCAAGGUUCUAAAUGGUAGAAAGCAAGGAGGAAGGAAAACAAGUAGAAAAGAGAGGUUGGCUAGAAAACUUUUUGUAGAACAAAUUGGACAGAGAAUUGAGUCGGUGAAUGAAGAAGACAGAAGGCAAGGUUUCAAGCUGUUGAGUAAAACCACAAAUGGGUUUAUCGACAGUCACGAUGGAGACGCAAAUCAUUCACUUCCGGGGUUACAAAUCUACACUCUUAUGCUAUCAUCAACAGAUGUACAAAGAGAAGUUCUAAUAAAGCUGCAGAAUCAAAUAACGCAAAAAAGAUGCCCUCUUGACUUGGAGCUUCUAAUAACAGUUGGCUCAAUCCACCCGUGGUUGAUAACAACAGUAGCGAGCGUUAAUGAUUACUUCAACAGCGAUGAGUUGGUCAAUAUUGAAAAGUACAAGAAUAACUUUACCAGUGGGUCGAAGGUGAAAUUUCUCGUCGACCUAGUUCACAAGUCCUCUAUUCGAGAGGAGAGAGUUCUGAUCUUCUGUCACAAUAUUCCUCCGAUAAAAUUUCUGACUCAGUUGUUUGAAGAUAUCUUUGGAUGGGAAAAGGGAAAAGAAGUUUUAUCUCUUCAAGGUGAUCAAGAACUCUUUGAGCGUGGGAGGAUUAUGAAUAAAUUUAACUCAGAAACUAAAAAUAAAUGCAAAGUUUUGCUUGCUUCAACUUUGGCUUGUGCAGAGGGAAUUAGUUUGACCGCUGCAUCUCGUGUGGUUUUGCUGGAUUCAGAGUGGAAUCAUGCAAAGACUAGGCAAGCCAUUGCUCGAGCUUUUAGGCCAGGACAAAAGAAAGUUGUGUAUGUGUAUAGGCUUUUGGCAUUGGAUACUUGGGAGGAGGAUAAGUAUAAUUCUAACGAGUGGAAAGCUUGGCUAUCAAAGAUGAUAUUUUUGGGGGAGUAUAUAAAUUUUACAUGUUCAAAGCCAUUGAAGGUGCCAGAGGAUGAUGAGCUGUUGAAGGAGCUGGCGGAGGAGGAUGAGGGAGGAACAAUACGGACGAUGAUGAAGCAAGAUUGACAUUUCGAAUGGUUUUGUUGUUGCGCAUGUGCCCGUGCAUGUGUGUAUGUAUGUAUGCAGAAUAUAACUGUAAAUUGCCUUUUAACUUGUUUUGUGAGUUUGGCCUGCUAGUCUUCUAAUGCUAAUUUAGGAGCAGAAAAUGUCAGAAAUGGAAACAGAUAUGAUCCUGUUGAUGAUAUAAUGAGGUAAAUGGCUGCUAACUUCAAUAAAUCCCUGUUGUCCAGGCAAGUAAGUUUUAUGAUUUAAA